UUUGUGGCGGUUGUACGGUGGUGAAAAUCAGCAUUAAUGAGCAUAAUACCUUUUUAAUGGUAUUAACCAUAGACAAAAUUAAAACAGACUGUCAUUCGUACACUUACAAAAUAACAAUGAACAAAAAAAAAUGUAGUGCUCGUAUCCCAAAAUUUAUUUAUUACAAAAAAAAAAUACCGAACAAAAUGUAAAAAGACAAAUCAACUUAACAAUAAAAUCAGCAAAUUGAAUACCUCAAAUACUUAAUUUGAAAUUAAUAAUUGAUAAAUUUAAGAAAAAUGGGUAAACUGCCAUAUUUAUACACAGAAUCUGACGAAACGGAUGACACGAAUAGUUCUACGGACAAUAAUAAAAAGAAGAAAAAGUUUUCAAUUUUCAAGUGCGUAAAUGGGAAUGUAAAAAAAAGGAAGUGUAAACUACAUUCCAAGUCUGAAAGGGACGACUCCGACAGCCGUAGUGGAAGCAGAAGUAACCAGAGAGUUAGGUAUAAGCUGCCGGGCAUAUUGAAGAAAGAUAAGGAGAGAGAGAGAGAUUCAUCAGAAGGUGAUGAUGAUUACGAGUAUCCGAAGCCACAUUGCUCACAAGACAGGUGCUUGGUGGGGCGUGUACCCCGGCCGCCGGGGGCAAAACCCGGCCGCGGCGGCGGGGUCGCUAUUAUUGUCAAGAAGAACAUUAGUGAGUUGCAACCUCAACAAAGCACAAGCAGUACCAAGCGAUACCAUAUGAAGCGCCUCAGACGGAAACGGUCGUGUUGACAAUCUGUGGAAACAGUCUGCGGAUACGAGGUGACCCGUUUAAAAGAUAUCUCGACAACGAACUAGAUUGGAAUCUGUUGGAAACAAGGAAAAUGACUGUUACAAAAUUGAAAUCCGAAGCUGAG